UUCCACAAGGUUCAUUUUUAGGAUAACUGUUGUUUUUAAUAUAUUUUGAUGACUUGGAUGAAUAUCUAAAGAUUCUAAAAUAAUUAAUUUUGUGGGUGACACAGUUGUACUUUAUGGAAAUGUGGAGAUCUUUAUCAUUGAAAAAAUUAAUCCUUAAUAAGGAUCUUGAAGAAGUCUAAAAAUAAUUUAAAGGAAUCAUUUAUAAAGUGAAGGAAAAAAUGUUUUUGAAACAGCAAAGUUUAUUGGCAAGUCUUCUUUAUUACUACAUAAAUUGUUUUUUGUUAAAAAGUAUGACAAGCACAUUAAACACUAAACAACAGCAUUUAAAUAUGUUAAUGGUAUGGUAAUUGACUUAAAGGAAAGAAAAGCAUGAAAUUGUUUUAUGGAUGAAAAACUGUUAAAUGAACUUCGGAAUCAUAUUAAAUCAAUCAGGAACCUCAAUUUAAAAACAAUUAAAAAAUGCAUUUUGUUACAUAAUUUAUCACAUGGUUUUGUUCAUUUUAAUUCUAAAACGACCAUCUUGAUAAGUUGAACAUAGUACUAUUAUGGAGCAGACAUCUUUUAGCGAUCACAUAAUACUAUCAUGGAUAUAGUCUGGCUUAGUUUUAAGUUUUAUUGUUGAUAAGCCAUGGAUUACAAUAGCUCAAACUUAUUUGGAUUGACCUCAAAAGAUUCUCAAACAUUAGAUAAAGUGGAAUCCAACAAGCUGCUUAAUAACAAAUCGCUAAGUGAUCUCUCUUCUGAAGACCGUGCAAAAAUUCUAAAACAAUUAAACCUUACUGAAUCUUUAAACAAAUUUUCUGACUAUGUUAGCUGCUUUUGCGAUACAUGUGAAAACAAGAUAUGUUUUACAAAGUCUGGUUGUUUUUCUACAAUUACUUAUGGAACAAAAAGUGGGAAGUUGGUUGGUAAAUCUAAUGGCUGCUUUCAAGAUGACAGUAAAUCUGUUCAUUCACUACUUAGUUGUGGUGUAGAUUUGUCACUGAAGAAGAUCAAGCAGGACAUGACUAUAAAUAAAAAAAUAUAUAAACUCUCAACAGGAUCUGCAUAUACGUCACAGUGUUAUCACACAUCAUGUUGCAGAUAUAAUUUAUGCAAUGAGAAUGUAUAUCUUACAAAGCCAUGCCAUGAAGAAUAUUUGAAAAUACCUACAUCAGCACCACCUGGCAAUAAAUUUCCUUCUACCUUAAUGAUUAGUAUUGUUACCCCAUUUGCUGCUGUCAUUAUUCUUCUUUUAAUUCUUGCUUCUCUCUUCAAAGUGUGGAAGCGCAAAAACUUUCACAUAAAAAUUAAAAAAAACUUAUUACCAUAUUCAAAGUCUGAAAAAGUUGCAGAUGAUGUAUUUAAACAAUUAUUUGACAUAUCAUCCGGAUCUGGUUCAGGAUUACCUUUUUUAGUACAAAGAACAGUAGCUAGGCAAAUUAUUCUUGUUGAUUUAAUAGGAAAAGGUCGUUAUGGUGAGGUAUGGAGAGGUGACUGGCAUGGUGAAAGUGUUGCAGUGAAAAUAUUCAACUCACGUGAUGAAGACUCUUGGAAGCGAGAAACGCAAAUAUACAACACUGUUAUGCUCCGCCAUGAUAAUAUUUUAGGCUACAUAGCAUCUGACAUUGCAGUAAAAAAGGAUGAAACAUGUAUGUGGCUGAUUGCUCACUAUCAUGAACAUGGUUCACUGUAUGACUAUUUAAACACUCAUUCACUAAGUGUUUAUGAGAUGGCUUUAAUCAGUCACUCAGCUGUUUGUGGUUUGGUCCAUUUACAUACAGAAAUUAAUGGAAUGCAAGGGAAACCAGCUAUUGCUCAUAGAGACAUAAAAACAAAAAAUAUUUUAGUUAAAAGCAAUGGUCAAUGCUGUAUAUCUGACCUUGGACUUGCUGUUUUACAUUCAAAAGAAUCAAAUUGCUUAGAUGUUAGCUGUAACAGAAGAGUUGGAACAAAAAGAUAUAUGGCACCAGAGCUUCUUACAGAAACAAUGUGUAUGACUUCUUUUGAUGCAUAUAAACAUGCAGAUAUGUAUGCUUUUGGUUUAGUUUUAUGGGAGAUAGCCAGAAGAACUGAGUUUCAGGGUAUAGUUGAAGAGUACCAGCCCCCUUAUUAUGACUAUCUUCCUCAAGACCCUUCAUUUGAAGAAGUUAAAAAAGUUGUUGUUGAUGAUCAUUACCGCCCAGAUAUACCAAAGCAUUGGCUAAAUGAUGAGAAUGCACUUAAAUUUUCAAAAGUAAUGCGCGAAUGUUGGAGGGAAGAACCAACAGCACGUCUCAGUGCAUUGCGUGUAAAAAAAUCUUUAUCAAAACUUUUACCCGCAUUAACAUUAGAAAAGAAAGAGUUUUACAUAUAUAAUCCUUCACAAUAUGCAGGUUUAACAUUAGACCGAGAUAAACUUAGUAGCAUUUCUUACUAUAACAGUGAAUCUGGCACUUGUUCUACUAGUUUAAAUAGUGGAAAACUUUCAAUACCUUCGAUUGUUUAAUACAUUUUUUUGUAAUUCUUAAAUUAUUUUCAACUUCAACUAAAAAUCGUUUAUGUAUUACAUAU